CAUCUUUGAGGCUGGCAACGGCGGCGGCCGAGGGAGCCGGCGGCGCGGGGAGGCCCAGCGGCGGCGGCGGCGCUCGGGGUUCGGUAAAGUCCCUGCUCGCCGAUUUGGGAAAAUUCCCUGCCAAAAAAAAUAUUCCUGGAAAAUUCACUAGUGUUUGUGUGAGUAAAAGGUUCCAACCUUUUAUUAUUAAUUUGUAAGUGAUAUUUCAUUCAGUUUUGUCCAAGAGAGUCAGAAGAGAAUUAGUGUAGAAAUGUGCAACAUAUUUAAUGACAUGGAAUCAGAAUCACUUUCAGUCAAGCGCUUCCUGGUCUGGUUGCAGGUUUUAUGACAUUCAGCGUUUUGGGUUUUGGUGUGUGGGGGGAGGGGGGGUGUCUUUGUUUGGUUUUUGGGUUUUUUUUAAUUGGAACAUUCAAUUCCCAGUGCAUUGAAACUGCUUGUGGCUAAAUGGAAUCAAUCCCAGGCUCCUUAUGGUGUCAGAGUCAUUGGCUGCUAAGAAUGGGACCAAAGCCAUCCUGUCUAGUUUUUUUGCCAAUCUCACAGCAGUGGAUAAUGGUGGCUUAUAUAUGCACCAGGGGAACAGUAUGUGGUGACAAACCUGAAGUGUUUGUUCUGAUGUAAAAGAAAAGAAAUUAGCUUCCAAGUAUCAAAAGAAAAAUAUUCCAAAUUCUCUGUCUCAUGCAGCCAUGCCACUUCCAAAGUGAGCAUUUCCCUGCCUCUUUCAGCUUGCUAUAUGCUAAAUCUGCUAUCUUUCUGCACUGAAUUGAUUGCAACUGUGUAUGUCUGAUCAGGGCUAAAAGUUAUUCUCUACAAUAUGGAUAUCGUAGUACACAUACUGUGCACGCUUUGUGUGUAUAAUUAUGUAUAUACUGCAUGCAUGUACAUAUGUAUGCAUAUUUGUGUGCCAGACCCAAACUCACCCAUGUUUAUAAAGCAUUGGCCUGAAGAUAUAUUUGUCAGAAAUAUUUUUAACCCCUCAAUUUAUGCCAAUUUCCCCAAAUUGAAACAUUUCAUGCAUUUUAAGCAACAACUAGCCAAAAAGGCAUGAUUUUUAUUACCCCACUUGCAUAUAUUGGUGUGUGUGUAUAAACACGUUUGCAUAUAUGUAUAUGUAUAUACAUAUACGUAUGUUUAUACACACAAGUUUGUUUUUGCUAUACAGCUAAUAAAGAUGGGGGAAGGUUUUUGUUUUUUCUUAAUAGGUGAAGAAAUCUUUGAAGACCAGAAAUUGGAACUUAAUGAAUUUUUAAAUUAAAAAAAGUAAAUAAAUUAUCCGGCUGUGGAAGAUGGAGCUUCAUUUUUGCAGCCACUUGUGAUUCAAAGUUCCGCUUUAAAUGAACUGGGUUUUUUUUGAAGAGCUAACUAACCCUGGCUGUCUCCAGUCUGACAGAGUAUUCGAAUGGACUUGCUUCCUCCAGUAGUUGUAAGAUAUUUAAAAGUUCAGCCUAUUUCUGAAUUGUGGAUGAGAGGUUUCCUUGGCAAUGUGAGGAGGAAAAUUUUUCUACCCCUUUAUUAUUAAUUCACGGAUUGAGUGUUGGUUCGGCCUACAGGAGAAAUUAACUGGAAGUCUUUGAAGAUUGACGACCUUGCCGACUUAUCCAGGUUACUUUUUAAAGAGGAUUUCUCUAAUCAAGCCUGUAGAAGAUUGUUUCAGCCCAAGAAAGGGUGAAGCCCGCUCUCGACACGAGAGGAAGAAGGCUGUGUGGAACAAUCACCCCUAACUCUUCGGAGGAUCGCCAGGCUUGUCCCUGAGGAUCUGUCCAGCAUGUCCAACCAAGGAGAUGACUGCUACUUCUAUUUCUAUUCCACCUGCACCAAGGGGGACAGCUGUCCCUUCCGUCACUGUGAAGCUGCGUUGGGGAACGAGACCGUCUGCACGCUCUGGCAAGAAGGGCGCUGCUUCAGGAACAUCUGCAGGUUUCGACACAUGGAGAUUGAUAAGAAACGCAGUGAGAUUCCUUGUUAUUGGGAGAACCAGCCAGGGGGCUGUCAGAAAUUGAAUUGUGCUUUCCAUCACACCAAAGGACGCUUUGUCGAUGGACUCUUCCUACCUCCAAGCAAAACUGUGCUGCCAAGCACAACUGAGUCUGCAGAAGAGGAGGUGAAGGCAAACCAGAUCUCGCUGCAGCAGAAUAAACUGUCUGUCCAGUCUAACCCCUCCCCACAGCUGCGGGGGGUGAUGAAAGUGGAAAACUCAGAAAAUGUCCCCAGUCCCACGCAUCCCCCGGUUGUAAUCAAUGCUGCAGAUGAUGAUGAAGAUGAUGAUGAUCAGCUUUCUGAAGAAGGAGACGAAGCUAAAACACCCAUCCAGGAACCAGCUACAGAAACCCAUGAUGGAUUACGGAUCGUUUCCACUCGGAAAUCCAGUGGUAAUACAAAACAAGGUAUUACAAUACCUUAUGUUGCAGGAGUUUCUGAAGGUCACAAUCAGGAUGCCAAUUUGAAUUUUGGAAUAAAAACACUUGAAGAAAUCAAGCUGAAGAAAAUGAAAGAAAAAUCAAAGAAACCAAGUGAUGGCCCCUCUGGAGUCUCCAAUCAUCCACCUCAACCUCAGCCCAUUCCAGGUCCUGAAAAAGAAAACGUACGCACGGUGGUCAGGACCGUGACCUUAUCUACAAAGCAAGGAACGUCUUCCACUGUUCCAGGGGAGGAGCCAGUGAUUCGAUUGAGCCUUCCAGAGAGACUGGGAAAACGGAAACCCUGUUUUGCUGAUGAAAGUGGGCCUUCACUGAAGCGUAGCCUUGCUGAAAGGCUGGGAAAAAAAAUUAACUGUCUGGAGAACCCUGACAAAACACCUAAGAGAGUUCAAGUCCCUAAAUCUCUUAAGGAGAGGCUGGGAUUGCCAGCUGAGCAGACCAGUACAGAGACAGAGAGAGCUGCUAAACCAACAGGAGAGAUCCAUGUGAAAACGCUGGAGGAAAUCCGUCUUGAGAAAGCCAACCAGAGACGGGGAGAACUUCAGAUGAAACCCAAGACUGAAGGGCUCUGUAGAGCAAAAGAUCCCAGCCCAGUGGUGAGACCCUCCCCAGCAGUUAGAAUCAAAACCUUCUCUGAGGUCCUGGCUGAGAAGAAAAACAAGCCAUCUGAGGAGGAGAAACCAAAAACCGAAGGCAGCCCUACCAAACCCAGGGCUGAGAGUGAGCCCAAGAAACAGGGCUUCUUAACUCCCGCUGUGCCCAGCAAAGGGCAGCAGGAAGAGGCAACAAGCAAAGCCAAGCCAAUUGGGGAAGUGCGCAUCAAAACACUGGAAGAGAUCAAGCAGGAGAAAGCCCUGAGGAUACAGCAGAGCGGAGAGAGUGUCCUAAGUACACCAGUCCAACCUGAGCCUGCUGCGUUAGGAAAGAGAGUGUUGCGCAUCACAAAGUUGACAGUACCUGGACGGGAAGAAAAGAAGGUGGUAGAAUUGAGCAAGCCUUCUUCCAGAACUGGCCCAGCUGUUGAGGCUGCCCAGCCUUCAGACAGUAGUGCAAAGAAUUCCAAAGUUCAGGUGAAGAGUUUUGAAGAGAUCAUGAAGGAGAAACGGCAACUGAAACAGGAGCAGGAGAAGCCUCCAGAAGGAGCUGCUGUGCCAUCUCCUCAGGAAGAAGUGAUCAAUGAGAAAAGCCCAGCGGCUGGAAGUCCUGAGACUACAGUGACGCCAGUGAUGACUCGUCGGUUUGCAAAGACGUCCGUGAGAUCCCAAGAAGUAGCAACAGAAGGUCCGGGAACAGGUGAUGCUGCACCACCUGCAAAACCUGUGGCUCAGCCUCUGGAUCGAAAAGCUAAAGCCAAACCUAAGGUGAAUGUGAAGCCAUCAUCUGUGAAAACAGUCUCCCCUGCAAAGCAGGGCCUGAAACGGAAGGCGGUUGAGAGUCACCCCUCUGCUGUCGCAGCUGUGAAACCACUGAGCACUUCCAACAAUGACUUGAAGGAGCCUGAAGCUAAAAAAGCAGCUGUGGCUGCUGCUUCAGCCCCAACAGAAGAUAAUCUGGUCACUAUACCCGAGAAGGAAAAAUCCAAAGACAGCUCUGAAUUACGUACUGGAAGUCAAGCAACCUCUGCAGCACAGUCAGAGAUGUCAAGCCCGACGUCAUCGCAGGCAGCGGUGAAGACCCGCAGGCUCAGCUCUGCAGCAGCAGGGAGAACAUCUUUAUCUGUUGAAGAUGAUUUUGAGAAACUCAUUUGGGAAAUCUCAGGAGGCAAACUGGAAGCAGAAAUUGAUCUGGAUCCAGGGAAGGAUGAGGAUGACCUCCUGCUGGAACUGUCUGAAAUGAUUGACAGCUGAACCAGAUUCCUAUUUAAAAAAAAACAAAAAAAAAAACUUUAUUUUGUCAGAUACCCAAGAUGACCCUUUUCUAGCUGAGGCUUUGCAACAAGUCUUAAAGCACACUUAAACCGGUAGAAGUCUCUUUUUCGAUUGGCAGUAUCUUCACUCAACUGUUCUGAAUUCCCCUGCUGGUCAGAGUCAAGAUCCUGUGCACCCACUGUAUUGCUACUAUACGAAGCCACCUUCAAUACUGUGAGGAUGAAGCUGUUGACUGUUUCAAGUCAAAAAGUUCCAGGGCCCCAUCUACAAACCCUGGUGGUGUCAAAUUGUUCCAGUGACUCAGUGAUGCUGUGAGGUUUAAACAUAAACGGCUUCUUAUUUCUCAGCCAAGUGUGCAAAACUCAACGUUGGGUGUGUUUUUUCGGAGCUUUCCUUUGCUUUCUGUUGUCUUGGACACUUGAUAGUCAAAGCCUGGAGUUGUCAACUCUUGAGUUUUAGUUCUGUGCUUACCAUUUCCGUUUUAAUGUUUUAGGGCAAAUUAAUAAGAAUUUUGGGGAGGAGAACAAUAAUUACUACAGUACUUUGGACCAAACAUGCUGCCAAGGGGCGUGGGGUUAGUCUAUCCAGCCUUACUUCACUUAUCAGGGACAAUACAGUAUCUGUGUGAAAAGCAGAGCUGCACAGUACAGCAAGACUGCCCCUCUCCCUUCUGAUUGUACUGUAGCAAAGCUUGGCAUUUGUGGUGCUUUUUGCUGACGGGAAGAAGGUCCUGGGGUGAGCAGUGGGGGACCCCCUCUCGUGGUCUGCAGUAAAUAAAUAAACAAAAAAUUUGGUCUAAGUGCCUCAUGGUUCCAAGAAUCAAUACACUAUUCUGCUGAUCUUUCCUAAUUUGGAAAGUCCUCAGUGGCUAGGACUGAUGGGGAGAAUGGUAACUUUCAGCUUUAUUUGAAUCCCAGCUGGCUAUGUGCUAGUCUGAUUUGCGAAUACUCUGUUGGCAUUGAACCAACACCAAGCAUGUGCCAAGUUUGGGCAAAUCUUGGAACACAGUAUUGCUGCAGUUACUAAACUGUGCCCCCACCUUUAAAUGUCUCCCUUCUGUCCCCUCCCUCCACCCCUAGAGGCCUGAACUAAUUAUUUUGAAAAUACCCCAUGUAGGAUCAUGGUGGUGGGAAGGUGGUAGAAAUACUAACCUUUUGCACUUGACUGUCCAUUGCCUGAAGGUCCUACAUGGACUCUUGCGCUGCCCCUAGAAGUGAAUGGUUGUGAUUAGGGUGUAUUGUGUACCCUACCACCUAUGUUCGCUUUCAACGUCAGAUUUUUUUUUUUUUUUUUUACUAUACCUUUCAACAUACUCUAGUCCCUUCCUACCUGGAUUUGUGGAGCUGUGGAUGUGUUCAGGUUUUUGCUGCUGGCAGGAAAAAAAAAAAAAAAAAAGGUGUUUUAAUUGUACUGUAAAUAUUUUGUUUUUGGAAGAAAACACACGCACUCUUUGAUAAUCCACUGUGAUGUCUUAGCUCCUUAGAGGGAAGGUUUGAACCAAAAAUGCAUUUUAAAUGAAAAUAAGGCCACUCUGAAGGAACCAUUUUAGUUCUAGGAGGAUCACCACGCAGGAAGCUUCACCCAAAGGAAGCUGGAAAGCGAUGACCCUCCACCCUGCUGAAGGACUUCAGUGAGAUUUCUGUCAGCUCUGGUGCUUGUGCACAAGACGGAAGUGACUUUCAGAGAUAUUACAUGAGAGACUGUGGUGUGAAAGACUUUCCCCAGUGCUUCUUCAUGUCCCCUUGUGUUUUAAGCAAAAAGCAGACUUCUGUUCCAUCGUCACUUUUCUUCGCUUCCUCCUCUGGGUGAGAGAAGCCCUGUCUGCCAAGGCAGGGCCCGCACGCGUGCUCGUUCCUGUAAAUACUUUUAUUCUUUCAGUUGACACUUCUGUUUGUAUUCUAUUUAAUGCAUUGUAUUCAACGUAGUCUGGAUCAUACAUCUUCACCAUUAGUUGACCUGUUUGACACGAUGGAAGUUACUUGUGUUUUUAAAUAAAGCUGAUGUAGAAAA